AUGUGCAAGCGCCUGCUUGGCCCCAGCGAUGAUGUCUGGCAGAUUCACUACGAUGCUCUGGCGCGAACUGCUCGCGGCGAAGACAUUGUGCUGAUGAGUGUGGGUGAUCCGGAUUUUGAUACCCCCGAAGAAAUUAUAGAAACCCUGGUCAGCAGAAUCAGGCAAGGCCGAACCCACUAUUCCCCGGCUGAAGGUGAACUGGAGUUGCGUCAGGCCAUUGCGGAUCUGGAAACCAACGGUACCGGCAGGACGUUUACACCUGAUAAUUUUGUUGUGCUGCCUGGUGCUACGGCUGCUAUUUACGCCAGCCUGGCGUGCAUCUGUAAUCCUGGUGAUGAGGUCGUAAUUCCGGAACCCAUGUAUAUCGGGUACCGACCGAUGUUGAGCGCUCUCGGGCUUACCGCACGGACCGUCGCCUUAGAUUUGAAUGAUGAUUGCGCCUUGGAUGUGGAAGCCUUGCUGGCUCAGAUCAAUGCGCGAACCAGAGCGGUACUGAUCAACACACCGGGUAAUCCCUUUGGCAACAUCCUGCCGCGAGAAACGCUGGCGCAGUUGGCCGAGGCGCUUCUGGAGCGAGGGGUUUGGUUGAUCUGCGAUGAAGUUUAUUCGCUGUUCACUUUUGACGAACCGCAUGUAUCGCUGCUCAAAGCGGCCACAGAGCUGGACAAUGUGGUUGUGGUCGACGGCUUGUCAAAAUCUCAUGCGAUGACGGGUUGGCGGGUUGGCUGGGUCGCCAGUCCUGCCAGCCUGACGCGGGCGAUCACGGCGUAUUCCGGUUCAGCUUUUUUUGGCUGUAGCCAGUUUAUUCAGGAUGCAGCCGCUUUUGCACUGGUCCACAACGGCCCCCAUGUUGAAGAGAUGCGCCAAGCUUAUCAACGGCGCCGCGAUUAUGUGUUGCAGCGUCUGGAUAACAUUCCACAGCUGUCUUACGUAAGGCCCAAAGCCGGGAUGUUUGUCAUGAUGGAUGUCAGCCGCAUGAGUAACAGUGGGCUUGUUUUUGCUCAGGAUCUUCUGGCGGCCCAGGGUGUAUCAGUGAUUCCCGGUGAGGGGUUUGGUGAGGUGGCCAGAGACUUUGUGCGCCUCAGUCUGACGCAUAAAACGAACAUGCUGGCACAGGCCAUGGAUCGAAUAGAGCGUUUUGUCGCGGGCUGA